GGUCCUCGCAUGCCACAGCCCGUGACAGGGAGCAAUUCCAUGCUCGCCCCCACGAACUAAUCGAUGAGGUGAGAUGAAGGAUGAACAAUAUGGGAUUGAUGAGAUGGCAGGAUGUGUCCAGCGUCUUAUUAUCUUGUUACCGAUAAGAGCCACAAAUACACACCCAGCCGCUCUGGCAGAUACGAACGAUCCUGUCUCGAGCAGCCCUACUAAACCCUUCACAACAAACAAUUCCACACUUCUUUUCCCCCGCACGUCUGCAGGUGUGGCAGCACCGCCGGCCUGCGCUAGGCUACAUCCGCGUGGCUGCCGUGGGCUGCUACCCUCCUGCACUGGCUUGAGUAUAAAUCGGGUCCGUCUCCGUCGCACGAGCAGCAUGUGUUCACAACAUGGGUUCACGCCUGUUGGCAACCCGCCAACAAACAACCCUCCCCUAGCCCAGUCCAGUUCCCAAACCUCGACGACAGCGACGACGGACGGACAGCAGCAGCAGCAGCAGCCAUGGCCGUCCCGCUCAUCGUCUACCUGGCCGCAGCCGCCGUCGUGUACGGCGUGGUCAAGCUGGUGCGCACGCGGCUCUUCUACCGCAACCUGCCCAAGCCGCCGGGCCACAGCCUCCUCUGGGGCCACCUCAAGCUGUUCGGCGAGAUAUCCAAAAAGUUCCCGCCCAACGUGCACCCCAUGGUGGUGGUGACGUACAUGCGGCGGGCCUACGACCUGCCCGAGGUCUUCUACAUCGACAUGUGGCCGGCCGGCCCGCCCAUCAUGGCCUGCUGCUCGCCCGACGCGGCGGCCCAGGUGACGCAGGUGCAGGUGCUGGGCAAGCACCCCUUCAACGCCGUGGUGCUGGACCCGCUCGUCGGCACCGACUCCAUCCCCGUCGUCGACGGGCCCCGCUGGAAGUUCCUGCACCGCAUGAUCGCCCCGGCCUUCAAGCCCGCAAACGCCCGCGCCCUCGUCGGCACCGCCGCGGGGCAGGGGCUCGUCUUCGCCCGGGACGUCCUGGCCCCGCUCGCCGCCGCCGCCGACGCCUUCUCCAUGGAGGCGGCCGUCUCGCGCCUCGUCUUCGAGGUCAUCGCCCGCUCGCUCAUGGGCGUCCCCUUCGACUCGCAGCGCGACGGGCCGCGCGGGCUCGACCGGCCGUCGACCGUCGACGACCAGCUCGCCGUGCUGGAGAGCCGCCGCAAGUCUGACGACGCGGACGAGACAUCCGCCGCCGCCUGGGAGGACGAGCAGAAGCGGUCCAUGCUGGCCGACAUCCAGUUCCCGCCGCUGGCGCAGCAGGUCGAGACGGCGUGGCUCGCCAACCCCUUACGCCGCCUGCGCCUACGCUCGGCCCGGCUCGCGGCCCUGCGCCGGUCGGGCGCGUGGAUCCGCCGCCGCACGCUGGCGCGGUACCGCGAGGUGCGCGACCAGGGCCUCGUCGUGCCCGAGACGGUGCUGGACAGCUGCCUGAUGGAGCGCGUCGCCCUCGAGAAGGAAGCCGCCGCCUCCGCCUCCUCCUCCUCCUCUGGCAAGGCUCAAGCAGCAGCAGCGACGUCGACUCCUCCCCCACCGCCGCCCGUGUGCCCGCUGCCCCAAGACGAGAGCUGGCUGCACCUGUUCGAGACCAACAUGCGCGCCCUCUUCUUCGGCGCCCAGGGCACCACGACCGACACGCUCUGCUUCGUCUACAUGAUGCUGUCGUGCUACCCGGCCGUCAUGGCCCGCGUGCGCGCCGAGCACGACGCCGUCUGCGGCGCGACGCCCGGCACCAUCGACGACGCCGCCCGCCUGCUGCGCGACGAGCCGCACCGCACCGCCGAGCUGGCCUACACGACGGCCGUCAUCAAGGAGACGCUGCGCAUGUUCCCCGUCGGCUUUGUCGUGCGCCACGACGACAAGAACGCCGACGGCCUCAUGGAGAUCAACGGCAAAAAGUACCCCACAAAGGGCCAGAUGGUGACGCCGGCCACGCACACGGUCCACCACGACCCGGCCGCCUACCCGGACCCCAUGACCUUCCGCCCGGAACGCUGGCUGUCGUCGUCGGCCGACGGCGACCCGCCGCCGCCUCCGCGCAACGCCUUCCGCGCCUUUGAGCGCGGGCCCCGCGCCUGCAUGGGCCGCGAGGUGGCCAUGGACGAGAUGCGCGCCGUGCUGCUGCUGACGGCCCGCUGGUUCGACUUUGAGACGGCCGGGCCCGGCGCCAACGCCAAGCCGCGCGUGCCAGAGGUCACCACGCUCGACGCCGACACCCCCCUGGGCGACUGGGCCUUCCAGGAGCUCAUCAUGGAGGCCAGACCCCGCGGGGGAGCCAUGAUGCGCGUGAGCCGGACCGAGAGGCCGUUGUGAGGUUUGGGCGUGUGUGUGUGUGUGUGUGUCUUGAUCGGGUCGGCACGAGCAUAGGGAGAGUGGACGUGGGAAGAAGAACAAUGUCUCAAGGCGUAUAAAGAAAUGACGAGAAAAUUGAUUAUUCUAUGACCAUGUACAGCGUUGUAGUAACCCGACGUACCCUCCCAUGCCUAGGGUAUGAGGCAAGCCACG